GUCUCUCGCCGUGCCUCCUGCCACAUGCACCUUGGCCAGCAUCGAGCUCGUCCAUCCCAGGUUGCCCGUGUAAUCGCGCCCCAACGCUGAUCAAGGCCAGCAUCUGCACGCGAUCUGCACGUGCUUUCCGCUGCUCUGACAUCAUCCCUGUUUGCGCCCGUGUGUCUGUGCCUGGAGCUUGCAUCCUGGUCCGUCUGCCCACCCUCUCUCGCAGCUGUUAAUUCCCUCCACCCACUCCCCGAAAGGCAGCCAAACACCUAGGCUUGUUGACCCCGCCUGUCACUUUUCACCGCUCGCCCAACACGCGAACCCCGACUGCCGCGGAUCCACGCGCACGUCUCCCACACAGCCAUGGCUGGCCAAAGUAAUGGCCGGGCUAAGAAGCCCAGCAAAGCCGCCCCAAACGGCACAGCGAAUGGCCAUCUGAAUGGCCACGCCGACAAGUCCAGGGCAGCACCUGCCAAACAAGUGAAUGCUCGCAGGAAGCCGAGGACAAGCUGGACGGGCAGCUUUGCGAGUCUCGUGGCAAGAUUGGCGUCGUGGUAUCUCAUCAUUACACUGGCCUUUAGGUGUCCUUCGUCAUUGACCAAAAUAUCCGACUCCUCACCACAAAUCUGCAAACCCUAUCUCCACGCUCGCUCGUACGCCGCACCCUACGUAGAUCCCUACUACCAGACCUACGUCGCACCUCAGGUCGAAAAGUUCCAGCCGUACGUGGACACAUUCGACCAGCGCGUUUAUGCUCCUGUAUCCACCUUUACAAAGAACCAAUAUGCCACCUACGGCGCCCGCCGCGUGGAGCAGGCCCAGAAGUACGUCGAAGCCGAGUGGGCAAGGACCGCGCGCCCCCAGAUCCAACAGCUUCAGAACAAGGCGUAUGCUCAGUACGAACACCACUUGGGCCCUUACGUGAAGACGGCGUCGGACGCCCUGGGCCCAUAUGUUGAACAGACGAAAGCAAGUCUGGUCGAGAUAUACCAUCUGAGCAUCCUUCCCACGUACGAAGCACUGCUACCGUAUGGGCGUCAGGCCUAUGCCCAAGGUCAUCAUGCCACAGUACACUACAUCUUCCCUGCUGUCCAUACAGGACGUGAUGCAACCUGGAAAUUCGUCUCCCGCACGCUCUGGCCGUAUGUGCGAGUCCUCUACGGCGACAAUGUUGAGCCUCAAUUGGUUCGCAUCCGUGAAAGGCUGGGGAGAUACAAGGACCAGCAGAAGGUCGAGUCAGUCCUGGAGGCCGUUGGGUCAUCGUCGUCCGCGCGGUCAAAGACGGAUGCCAUCACGUCCUCCGCGACUAUUGCUUCAUCCGUUUCCUCGGCCGUCAGCUCCGCCACCGAAUCCACAAAGUCUGGCUGGGGCGUGUUUGAUGACUUCUUCGGCGCGGAGUCAAGCGCAACGCCUUCUGAAGUCGAGACCAAGUCACCUACUCAACCAAAGCAGCCUCAGCUCACUGGUGCAGAGCUCAGGGAGAAGCUGAAUCAGGACCUUCGCGAGUGGCAGACCAAGUUUGCAACUGCUGCAGACAAGGGUGCCGAUGACUUGGAUGUACGUGUCGCCGAGAUCACCAAGCGGCAGAUUGAGAAUGGUGUCCAUGGACAUGGCGCCGCCAUGAUCGUUCAGCUUGAAGAGACUGCCGAGUCGACAAUCUCUUCGUUGAAGAAGUUCACCAAGCAGACCAUCAGAUCUCUACCAGAAGAUGCGACCGAAGAGCAGCUGGAGAAAGCCCACGAGAAAUGCAUCACGAAGAUGCGCGAGCUCGGCCUGGCUGUCAAAGAAAAGUCGCAAGCGGUAAGAAACUGGAAAAUGACAUUCGACCAAGAAACCGAUAACCUUGUCCGCGCCGCCGUGGGAAGCACAGUUGAGGUGCUCGAAAAGAUACACGGCUUGGGCCUCCAGGAGGUUGGCAUGCGCUGGGCAUGGCUCGACGGGGUCGAGUACAAGGACUGGCAGAACUACCACAAGCUCAGGGAUACUCUCAAUGAAUGGCAGGAAGAAGUCGAGGCCGUUGGCGCAAAGCACGAUGGCCUAAAGGCAGCCCACGAAGAGGCGGCGAAGCUCGAAGAUAAGGCUAUGACGAUAGCAUCGACCAUGGUCAACGAGCUGGUUCGUCUCAAGGAUGUGUCCAAGUGGAAGAUUUGGGCAGGCGACCAAACUGAUGACUUCUCGGACAAGAAAGUACCGGCCAGGGCCUACAACGCUGCCCAACAGGUUAUCAGCAACGCCCGAGAGGCUUCCUCGCAGGCUUCGGAAGCGAUCCUCGGUUCAGAGAUCCCAGCCAGCGAGAGCAUCGCAUCUGCAGCCAAGGCAUCCGCAUCCAGCGUCUCAUCCAUCCUUUCUGACAAGAUCGUUGGCUCAGAGACUCCGGCCGCUGAGAGCGUUGCAUCCGCCGCUAAGGCGUCCGCGUCCAGCGCUUCAUCGCAACUUUCCAAUAAAAUUGUGGGCUCAGAGACUCCCGUCGCCGAGAGUGUAGCAUCCGCUGCCAAGCAAUCAGCGUCCGAUGCUGCAUCCAAGGUUUCUGAGGCUGUCGUUGGCUCCGAAACACCCGCCACUGAAAGCAUCGCGUCGGUCGUGAAGUCCCAAGUCUCCAACGCAGCAGAAAACAUCGAAAGUGCGACCGAGGUCGCCAAGAAGAGCGCGGAUGCGGCGGCUUCAGCCGCUUCAGGAGCGCCCAAGAAGGUUUGGGGUGGAGUCAAUGCCCAAGUCCUCGUAGAAGCAAGAGAACCUGUGUUUGACGACGUGAUUGAAGAUGAUGAGGAGGGAACCUAUUCCGAGAAGGUUCAGAGUAUGGUCGCGAAUGCUGGAGACCGAGCAUCGGAUCUCAGCCGCGCUGUGAGCGAGGCUCUCCUCGGUGCUACGAAAACUCAAGGGACUGCCGAGUCUGUCACAUCACUUGCAAGCGAACAGUAUGUGAAGGCUCUUGCUGCCGCUUCGAGUGUCUUGUACGGGAGCCAACAAGCCCCUCUCGACAGCGCUACCAGCAUUGCAUCGGACAAAUUUGCCUCAGCCGUUACUGCGGCUUCGUACGCCAUAUACGGUACACCUACGCCUACUGCAGUCAUCCAGACCGUUCGCACACACGCCAGCUCGCGCUACAACGAGGCCGUCAGCAUCGCCAAUGCGCAGUUCGAGAAUGCCAAGUCCCAAUUCUCUGUCUUGGUUUCUGGCACCACAAAGCCUGCUCAUGAGACCAUGCUUGCCAUGAUCGAAAAGGCGUACUCAGAUUCCCUGGCAGCUGCUAGCGAACGUCUGGAUGCUGCUCUUCAAUACACAGAGUCGGUGAAGAGCUAUGCGGCUGGUCCAACCCAAGGCUACUUCGAAUCGGUAUCUUCCAUUGCAUCCUCAAGGUUGUCUGAAGGCUUGAGCCAAGCGACUGCACAGUUCUCCUCCGAGCCGACUGACUCGCCUGUACUCGAUGGUGCACGCCGACAGUAUUACGAGGCCAUCGGGUUGGCCCACGCGCGAUACUCCGAGUUCCUGGGUGCAGCGUCUACUGCUGUCUACGGCCCGGAACAAGGCACAUUUGAGUCCCUCGCCUCCGUAGCUUCUGAAUCAGCAGCUUCUGUUGCUGGCUCUGCGCAGUCGUACGCAUCGGACGUGUCCGACUCUGCACAGUCGGCUGCAGCGAAGGCCCAGGAGGCAGCCGCGUCUCUCGCCUCGCAGGUCAGCUCAGGUGUCAUUGGAUCUGAAACUGCCUGGACUGAGUCUGUGGCUUCCCAAGCGAGUCAAAACUGGGAGGCACUGAUCGCAAAGGCCAGCAACCAAGUGUACGGUGCACCAACGCCUUGGGCUGCAUCUGUCUACUCCCAAGCUGGCGAGUACGCUGCGCAAGCGACUGCCCAGGCUGCUGAACAAGCCGCCGCUGUUCAAGCGCUGAUUUCUGAGCUCGUCAUCGGCAAGGAGCCUGACUUCACAGAGAGCGUCAUGGCUCGCUUCUCUGCUGCUUAUUAUACCGCUCUCCCGGCUGCUGUCUCUUCCGUCAACUCGAUCGCGUCCGAAAACAUCGCAGCUGUCACCUCCUAUGCAGGUGAGAGCUUUGAAGCGGCUUCUGAGUUCGCCGCCGAGGCCUACGCGUCCGCCUCUUCAGUCGUUGAGUCCGUCUUCGUGCCUCCGCCGGCCAUUGAGACCAUCAUUAGCAACGUCAACGAGCAGCUCAAUGCCGCUGUCGAAAGUGCGUCGGCGGCUGUCUACGGCACCCAGAAGGGUACUAUCGAGCAAGCCAGCGAGUCUGUCGUCAACGCCUACGCCUCCGUUCAGUCGAAGGCUAGUGAAGCCAUCUACGGCACCGCCCAGGCAUCCCACGACUUCGCAGCUGUAGCGUCCAGCGCGCAGGCAGCUAUCAGUGAGGCCAUUUUCGGCACCCCUGCUGCUACAGGAAUCUCAGCCUCUGCCGCCAACGGCGCGGCUGCUGCAGCAAGCGUGUACAGCUCUGUCGCAUCCGUCGCAAGUGAAAAGGCCGCCAACGCCGCAGCGGCAGCCAGCGAAGCAAUCUACGGACCGAAACAGGGCGCCGUGGAAAGCGCCAGCGCCCGUCUCGCUGCUGCCGUCGAGGCGGCCAACUCCCGCAUCAGUGAGCUCUAUGCUGCCGCAUCCACGAACGCGGAGGCUGUAGCUAGCAGCGCGAGCAGCGUCGCUGCAGAGGCGACGAAGCGCGUCAAGGAUGAGUUGUAGACUCACUGCAUCGUUCAGACGACGUGUAUUACCAAGCAGGUCUCUGUUACCUGGACGAGAUCGCUCCCCCUCGUCGCUACUGGCUCUUUGCAUCAAACAAAUUGAACGACCGUUCGAACGAACAUCCUCGUAACGCACACCAAUCGACCGACCCCACUCUCCUGGCCCUUUAAUGCGCAACAAUAUCGCCAUCCCACAACACAGUACAGCUACCCACUCACUCCCGAGGACUCGCUUUCUCAAUGCUUAACCCUUUUUUCCACCAAUUCUCAUGCUUGCUCUCGCGGUAUUCCCACGGUUAUAGCUGCAGCAGGGCUGGGCUGUGCCACCAUGAAUGAAUGUUAUGCUGUGUAUGAUUCAGUGUUUUUUUAUCCCCCUUUUUUUUUCGCGCGGGAGGGGAAAACUUGUUUGCUCUAGUCUAGCGUACGUAUCUCGGGACGGACGGAGAAGUGAAUAUACCCU